AUGGAGCCUGGCAACUCACGGGAUGGUUAUAAAGAUGAUGGUGAAACGGUUUCUAUGUCGCCGUACUCCCAGGACAACGUGGCAGAUUCCGUGAGCAUCUCCGUGUUCGAGUUUCUCAAGGCAUUUGCAGAACAAUGGCACCCUUCGGCUGACGCGAAAUCUCCGAGUAAACAGAUUGUCCUGAGCCGCCACUUGGGGCAGGUGGGAGAUGCCCAAGGAGUUGGCGAUGAUCCGUGCCCCGGGGAACAAGGUUUGUUCUCGACAAGCCGGCACUGGGAGUUCCGAGGCUUCAUCGCACAGGACCACUUCAAGCCGGCGCGCCUUCUCUACAUCAUCGUCGACCUUCGAAUGCAGGCGCAGCAUCGAACGCUCUUCGUGCACGCCGUCACAUGCCUCAGCACUGCUGUGAAGUACAUGGCGACAGACUUUGUCGACUUUGGGGGCCUUUCUCUCUUGAUUCGCCUCAUUGAGUGGCGGACCUUCCCCAAGCUGAUGAAGGAUUUUCUAAACAUGAUGCUCUAUGUCUGCGUGGCGAGCAGCGUCUCACAGAAGGCGUGCACGCUACUACUGCGACGAAAUAAGAGUCGCCAGGAUGAGAAAGGAACUGUUGAUACGCUUGUCGAUUGGCUACGAGAAUUUGGCUCCAGAGAAGCCGCUUCUCGUCUCGUUGAACUCUCUGAGACGGCAGAGGCGUUCAGCCUACACAGUCAACACUGCGCCGUUCUCCUCAUUGCGACGUUGGGAGCUACCGACGUUGACGCUCGCGCGCAGCUUCGCAAGUCUCAAGGCCUCCGCCUGCUCAUCGACGAAUUCCACGCCACGUUCACCAUGAUUGACUGCCUCCAAGGUUCUGCAUCCAUCAGUUACCUUAUCUGUCUCGUUGAGUGCAUUUGGGUGACCGUCGUUGGAGAUCCGGAGAAUGAGGAAGUGUUUCUUCAAAACGGUGGCCUCGAUGUCUUGUUGGAAACCCUCCAGGUCGUUCCAAAAACUCUUCAGAGACAUCUUCUGGGCUGCCUCACAGAGCUCCUUCGGAAUCGUCUCGCGGUCGAGACCUGCCGAGAGUGGAGAUCGAGGAAGACGCGAAAGAGUGCUAUGCAACUCCUUCUUGACAAGUGGCUACACGAACAACAACGAUUUCACAGCGUCACGGCCUGCGGCGCCAUUCAGGAUAUCAUGCGACCGCUGAAUCCUAGAGCUCUGCCCCCGCCGAAUUCACAGGGUUCCAUCGGUUCUAACGGCGUCCAAGCGGAUCGUGUCAAGCCUCCAGAGAAGCUUAGCGGCGUGCCGUCGAAGCAACGUGUGCUAGGUCACCUCCCCAGUGGGUCUUCUGACGCUUGGGGAACGAGCUCAGCGCUGUCUCCGACCUCUGGCGGAUUAAUGCAGACACCAGCUUCAUCGGUCGUGACAAACUCCACGCGUGAAUCCCUGAGGGUAGCGCCGCUCGGCCUCCGAGGCGUGCGCCAGUCUGUGGAACUCCAAGAAAACGACGAACAACCGCCAGUGGACGUGCGACUGGAUCUCUACAGCAUGGCUGCCGCCCUAUCGGACGAGUUCCGCGUGAUCGAAGACGGUUUGACAGUUUCAGAUCGACAACAGAUUGAGGUUAUGCGUCGCUAUCCUGAGUUCCGUCUUCUUGAAGCGUGGGGCGACGUUCGAACCAAGUUAGAAGAGAAGGUUAUCUGCCCGGUUGAGUCGGAUAAAAGCUGGAUGGAGAUGUCCAUUGAGAAGCUAGUUGCGACUUCGCUGGAUACACAAGAACGUCAGAAGGCACUGUUCCAACAAGGCCGUCCCAGCAACAGUGUCACUUAUUUUGAUGACAUUCAAGUUGGUGAUAUUCUCCUAAAGAAUGGCGCGGCGGCGGGGACAGACCCACAGAACAAAACCCGAUUUUCCCUGACUUCGAUACAAUAG